GGGACUGUUCAGGACGAAUCCAGAACGUUCCAGCUAUAGACGCUGAAGAUAAAGACAAGUCGUGCUGGGAUCUGUACCAAUUUUACCCCUGUGAGACCUGACUAUGGAUUUUGUCAGGUUUCUCCUCACCUUCGUCUUCAUCCUGGCAUUGAUCACGGAUACUUCAGGAUGUUUCUGUGAUCAUUACCCAUGGAGCCCAUGGUCAUUUUGCACCAGGACCUGUGGCCAGGGAAACCAACAACGUACCAGGAACGUUCAAUACGAUGACCACUGGUUGAAGAACAAUUGUGGCAUCCUCUGCCAGACCUCCGAGAGCAGGACGUGUAAUGUGGAGGCGUGCCCUAUAAACUGCCUGCUGACUGAGUUCGGACCCUGGUCCGAGUGCUCCCCCUGUGCCGAAAAACAGUUCAGGAUCCGGUCUGUACUGAGACCAGCUCAGUUCGGGGGAGUGGACUGUAGUGAGUCUCUGAUGGAGGACAGACCCUGUUACUCAUCAAAAGAGUGCAAAAUCGAAAAGGUCGCCUGCAAGGACAAGUUCAAAUGUGACAACGGCAGGUGUAUAAACGCAGUUCUCGAGUGUAAUGGACAGAACGACUGCCUGGAUAAUUCUGACGAGAGGAACUGUGCCAAAAUCAAUCAAGUCUGUGCAAAUGCACGCGUCCACGUCCUUCCCGGGGUCGAUCUGAUCGGAAACGGAUUUGACGCCAUGGCCAGGCAGAUGAGGGGCGCGGUUCUGGAAAACUCCAUCAUGGGGGAGAAAUGUAAUAUAACACGCAGCAGAGAGAACAGGAGGAGGUACCGACUCCCGGCCAACAUCGAGUACUAUGAGAUCAAGGUGGAGCAAUUUGAGGAUAUUAAAGAGAACCCGCCGGUGAAGACCGAACAGCUCGAUCUGAAAUCUACCAGUUUGGCUUUUGGCUGGAAAGAGGAAAUAAACGCCCUUCAAGAAAAGGAGUCCAAGUAUUUCCGCGUCCACCAAGUUAUUGCCACCUCAACUUUCCAGACCAAAUCCUCUGACCUGUACCUGUCCCAUCCAUUCCUCACGUUCCUCAACAGUCUCCCUCUGGAGUACAACUACCCCCUGUACAGGCAGAUCUUCCAGCAGUUCGGGACCCAUUAUUUCGGCUCGGGUACGCUCGGAGGCCAGUACGACCUGCUGUUCCAGUUUGACAGUGAAAAACUCCAAACUAAGGGACUAUCAGACAACGAGGUGAAAGGCUGCGUCCAUCAGGACUCCUCCAUCUUCCUCUUAAUUUAUUGGUCCAGCUCGUACAGCACUAGAUGUGGCACCAAUAAGGAAACCACCAGCUACGAAGGAUCCUUCCUGCAGACGUCAGAGAAGUGCAUCUCCUCGGUGAAGGGAGGCCGAGCGGAGUACGCCGCAGCUCUGUCCUGGGAACAGAAACAAGUCCCUCCCGAAAGCAGCAUAUACCGGGACUGGAUCAAUUCUACCAUAGACAACCCCACUGUCAUCAACUACGAGCUAAGGCCUCUGGUGGAUCUGGUCCGCGGCUUCCCCUGCGCCGUCACCAAGAGACGACAUUUACAGAAAGCUCUAGACGAAUAUCUGGCAACCUUCGACUCGUGCAAAUGCGCUCCUUGCCCAAACAACGCCCAUCCCGCCCUGUCAGGGACGGAGUGUGUGUGUAUCUGCCAGACCGGAACCUACGGACCCAACUGCGAGAACCGAGCCCGGAGCUACACCUCAGAGGCAGUUGACGGAUACUGGAGCUGCUGGAGCUCAUGGAGCGCCUGUGAUUCUUCAUUAAAGAGGCACCGAACACGCUCAUGUAAUAACCCCGCUCCUCAGAGGGGAGGAAAACCCUGCCAGGGUCCCCAGCGCCAGGAGGAGAAAUGCACCGUGUCCAUUUUUCAAAGUGAGGACGUGUGCAUAAACGAUGACGACUUCGAGGUAGAGGGCGACGGCGAGAGCGUUUUACCUCCUGGAGUUUCCGGUUGCACCAAACCCAAACCUCCAGCUAACGGCUACCUCAGGCUGAAUAAGCGAGUGUACGAUCACGGAGAUCACGAGGAGUUCGUGUGCUUUACUGGUUACCAGCUGGAGGGUUACCAGCUCAUCCACUGUAAGCAUGAUGGAACCUGGGAGGAACCGAAGGGAAGCUGCAUCAAGAUGGUGUGUUCCAGACCCAAAUUACCAAAUGAGGUGAGUGUGAGCCUGGACAAACUGGAGUACCCUGUCGGAGCGAACAUCAUGCUGAGCUGUUCAGGCGCUGGCUUCAGCCUGUCAGGACCGCGGUACUACAGCUGUGGCAACACGCUCAGCUGGACGCCGAACCUCCCCGAGAACAUCCAAUGCAAAACUGAUGAGCAUUUUAUACCAGACAGUAGAUGUAGUAACGGAGAGCGGCAUGAUGGAUCCCGGUGUGUCUGCAUUCCUCGAGACGACUGCAGGAAGUAUAGGGAGGACCUCUGCGUGCUGGACGCGGUGACGGGCGGUGCGGCGGCGAUGUCCGUGUGUGGCUUUCACGCCGGCCGUUGCCACGGUGAUAAGCUGCACUUCAUGAACGACGGGGCGUGUAAAGGCGACGUGGCCAGUUUGGACUGGGCCAGAUUCAGGGCCAGGCUGGCGGAGAAGAGCGCCGUUCAGCAACCCUGCGGAGCGGAUACCUGUUAUGAGUGGGAGACCUGCUCAGCUUUGGAGAAGUGCGUGUGUAAACCCCCCAGAGAUUGUCCUCAGGAAGCUCGGCACAUGUACUGCGUGAACAUUCGCAGACAGAAGCGCCAGCGCACCAUGAACCAGUGUAGCAUGGCUGCCAUGAAGUGCGGCGGGAUCGAUUUAGAAAUCCUUCAUGAGGGUGAAUGUACGGCCUCCUAAAGUUCAUAUCUGCUCAGUAUUUCACAUGAACGCGGUCGAUCCAGCUACGUUCAGCACAUCCACCACGCCCUCGUGUAGAACUCGUCACUCCUGUAGUAUUUAGAAACAGUUCUGCUUUGUGAAGCCUUUUGUACUUUUGUUAAUUAAACACUGAUGUGGAAUGAA